ACGCCGGGACAGCGCCGCGAUAUCGGUGUGACAGCGCUGGGACAGCGGCCCCGGGGGAGAACGGGCCGGGCCCCGCGCCCGCUGCCGCCGCCACCAUGCAGAUGACCUUCUACUUCUCGGACACAGUCGUGCUGCUCUUCGACUUCUGGAAUGUCCACAGCCCCACAGGCAUGGUGCUCUCGGUGCUGGUGAUCCUGCUGCUCUCUGUGCUCUAUGAGGCUGUGAAGAUGGGCAAGGCCGUGCUGCUGCGGCGGGCGCUGCUGGCCCUGCCCCGCAGCCUCAGCCACGAGGCCCUGACCGAGCCCCAGGAGGAGGAACAGAGCGACCCCGCGCAGGGCAGGUGGUUCUGGUUCCACGUGGCCCAGACGCUGUUCCACGUGCUGCAGGUGGUGCUGGGCUAUAUGGUGAUGCUGGCAGUCAUGUCCUACAACGCCUGGAUCUUCCUGGGGGCCAUUGCAGGCUCCACCCUGGGCUACUUCAUGGUGUACCCUCUGCUGGGCCGGGGCUAGAGCCCCCCAGGGUGGUGGCACACGUGUCCCACCUUCUGCUCCUUUGUCUGGAAUAGCUGCUGUCACUUCUGUCUCUGUCCCCGUGCUCUGUGGGACACAGAACCCCAAGGACUUGCUGGGGCCCUGCUCUGGGGACAGGGAGCCCCAUGGCCGUGCUGCCACUCAGCUGGUGGCUGUCCCCCGGCUCUCAGGGACCUUUGUCCGGGUGGUGACAGCAGGGACGGGGGCAGUGCUGGCAUUUCCUCCCCUCCCUGCUUUUCAAGGAGGUUCAUCCUGGCUGGGACAGGAAUGACCCGGUGACUUGCUGGGGACAGGGACCCUCCUGCCCAGAGCUGCACCAAGCCCCUCUUCACACAGUGCCUUUGGGGACACUGGGGGUCCUGCCACCCCCACCCCGCUCCUGUGCUUCAGGGAUGGGGCUG